UGUAGACUCUGUACUUCGUGUCUUCAGGAAAAAGAAAGAAAAGAGCUUUUGCAUCCUGUGUCUCAGGGGAAGCAGGAGUACCGGACCUAUGAAUCUAUCGGGGUCAGAGAUGAGGAGAGCCACGGCAAUAACUUCAAUUAUUUUCUUGGUUUUGCUUUCCCUGCGAGAAUCAUUUGCCCAGGGCUUCGAAGAACCUGAAGGCACAAGCAUGUUUAGAACAUUCAAGCAAGAAGAAGAGCAAACCCCUGAAGUGCAUUGCUCGAGAGAAAGAAGUCGAGCAGCUUGGCAAAUUAUAGAGGAGUAUUUGAUGCCAUUUGUGGAAAAAGAGCAGUAUCAGAUUUCAAGGAAGUGUAGACUGCAUCCAGACAAUGACUUGUUCAGGGACCAGGAGCAGCACAAGAUACACGUUGAUGUAAAUGAAUGGCGUUGUGGAUACUGUAAGAAAAUCUUCCAUGCAGAAAAAUUUCUUGAUCAGCAUUUUGACAACAGGCACUACAAUCUUUUGAAUGUGAAUGACAGCAAGUGCUUGGCUGAUUUAUGUGGAGCAUUGCACUGUGAUUUUGUACCGAAUUACAAGUCUACCAAAACAAAAUGUAAUCCUGCAGCUGUCGAAAGGAACUGCCAUCUUUGUGAGAGUCUUGCAGAUAGCUGUUUCCCCGUUAAUCAUGGUCCCUCGUCAAGCCGUCUUCACGAGCUGUUUUUGCGGCAAUUUUGUGAUGCCCAUACUUGUUCACAAAAGAGAAAAAUGUUUCCUAGAGGAGGCACAAAGCAAGCAAGUAUAUUCUACUUGGCUAUAUCAAUAUUGACAUUGAUGCUGCUACCUCUUUUCUAUGUUAUUAUUUAUUUGUACCAAAGAGAAAUGAGAGGAGGAACCCAGGAGCUGAGGCGAAUCGCACGAGUUGGAGGAAAAACAAAACCCUCAUAGUUGGCGAUUGAUACAUGUUGGUAUGAUCUUGGUUCCAUUUACUAGAUGAAAAGGAUGGACAAUGGUGAUUGAUGAAAUGUGUGUAUUUGAGUCAAAUUGACUCGUCCUCGUGCAAAUUCCGCUGUAUGAGAUCUUUCAUUAGAAGGAGAAGGCUAGUAUUUCUGAAAAAGCUAAACUUCCUUUACUCAAUUUUCUGGUUGGCCGUUUACUUCCACACAAAGGGGCUCCAAUUGUUGAUGGGAGGAGCACAGAUAUGUAGAACACUUCUCUUUUCCUUCUUUUGAUGAACCUUUUAUUUGUAUUAAAAAUUAUAUGUCAAACCAAGCAUCUUUGAGCACGAAAAUGUUCACAGAAGAUACUUGCUCUUUUAUUAAUGGAUCAUGUUACAUCUUGCAUGGCAUCUUACACCCAAAUUGAGUAUAUUUUUCUUUUAUCUCAGCGCAAUUUAUGCUCGAACACUAAUAUCAUCUUAUGGUCAUCUGAUCUCCUGUCAGCUUCACAAUCUGCAGCUAGCGUACCUAAGGCUGUCAAUUUUAUUCUUUCUUGAAGCUCCAGCAAGAAAUAACUUGCUUGCAGUCAGUUGCCGGAGAAGGUAAAUCCUGCCUGAACAUAAGCAGAAGUAGGCGGUUGUUGAUGUAUGGUAAGUGUGGUGGUUGAGGCAUUUUGUCGAUCAGUUGGUGAUGUACUCGUCAAUGUGUUUGCCUGACAGGAGAAUUUGGAAGUUCUGAAUCUGGAGGGGAAGGCCGAGACAACGGGACCAAAGGCUUCAAACCAUUACCGAAUGAUGAAGAUGUUGUGGGAGCCGCAGUGAAGGCGAGUUUCUUAUGUAAAAAUGUCAUAAUAACACAGAACAGAGAACCCAAAAAAAAAAAAGAAAAA